AUGACGUCGCGACGGAUCAUCAAUCGCGAGCAGCGGCAAUGCUCGCAAAUUCGACCGUACUUGUAUGUGUCGGGUCUCGCCGCGUUGUCGCCGCGCGUUUUGUCGAAAUUCUGCGUGACAAUCAAUCUGAUACCGGGUUUUCGACUCUCGGCUCCAAGCCACAUGAAGGUCGUCCAUUUGCCAUUGCAGGACGACGAGAAGACCGAUCUCACCGGCCAUUGGGCCAAUGUAUAUAAGGAGAUCGAAGAGGCGCGAAAAGGCCAAGGAAGGGCCCUGCUGUUGUGCGCGAUGGGCAUCUCGCGAUCGGCGACGUUCGCCAUCGCCUACGUGAUGCAGCACGAAAAGAAGUCGCUUCACGACGCCUACAAGGCGGUGCAGACGGCGCGCAACAUCAUCUGCCCGAACGUCGGCUUCUUCCAGCAGCUCAUUGAUUUGGAGCAAAAGUUGCGCGGCGCGACGAGCUGCCAGAUCAUCGAGCCGCUUCCCGGCUGCAAGGUGCCCGACGUCAUCUGGCAGGAGCUCUACGACGAGAUGAUACAGACGAUGAGCCAGGACGAUCGCUACUCGUUGGCCUCGUGCAAUUUGUCGGCGCGCAGCGUCAAUGACACCACAUCGCUGAGAUCGCUGAACAUCGUCAACGACACGUCGAGAUCGCUGGCGUCGUUCCAUUUGACGCAUCGGCCGAUCGGCGCCUCGCCGACACUCAUCGGAUUGUCGUCGUCGUCGGCGGCGGCGUCGAGCUCGUCGAGACAGACGCGCGUCGUCGGCGGUGCCGCCGUGCCGCUUCAGCGCGCCACCACCGAACCGCCGACGGCGACGACGUUGGUGUUGCCGAAGAGCGCGUUGCGCGACAAAUCGAAAAGCGACGGCAAACGCAAGAAGUGGCGAUUGAGCUUCCACAAGGACGUCGUCUAG